UUCGUUCGUGCUCAGAAUCUGCACACCCUUGAGGUAUCUGGACAUGAAACAGUAGCUCAUUUUAAGGGUCAGAUCAAAUUCCUGGAGGACAUCACCCUUGAGCAUCAAGUGAUUCUUCUGGGUGGGAUCCCCUUGGAAAAUGUCCAGCCCUUGGAAAAUGAUUCUGUCAUUGGUCAAUGUGGCAUCAGUGACUUUACAACAUAUGACUUUACUGCACACAUGCUUGGUGGGAAGGUCCAUGAUUCCCUGGCUCAUGCUGGCAAAGUGAAAGGCCAGACCCCAAAGGUUGCUAAGCAAGAAAAGAAGAAGAAGAAAACUGGGUGGGGCGAGAGGCUCAGGAAAUACAAUCGCCAAUUUGUCAACAUCGUGCCUGGUUUUGGUAAAAAGAAGGGGUCUAAUGCAGUGAUGCUGCCCAUUACAAAGUGA